CCGACCUGGCCUGGGAGACCGCCCCGCCGCGGCGGCUGGCAGCGAAGCGCUCCGCGGGCGGCAACGCGGCCCCCCGGGCCCCCUCAGGGCGCCUGGCCGCGGGCCUCCUGGGGUUCGGGCCCGGCGGCAGCAGCCGCGAUGGCCCUCAAGAUGGUCAAGGGCAGCAUCGACCGCAUGUUCGACAAGAAUCUGCAGGACCUGGUGCGCGGCAUCCGCAACCACAAGGAGGACGAGGCAAAGUAUAUCUCUCAGUGCAUUGAUGAAAUCAAGCAAGAGCUGAAGCAAGACAACAUUGCAGUGAAAGCAAAUGCGGUCUGCAAGCUGACCUACCUGCAGAUGCUAGGAUAUGACAUCAGCUGGGCUGCCUUCAACAUCAUAGAAGUGAUGAGCGCCUCCAAGUUCACAUUCAAGCGAAUCGGCUACCUCGCUGCUUCCCAGUGCUUUCACGAAGGGACCGACGUCAUCAUGCUGACCACCAACCAGAUCCGCAAGGACCUGAGCAGCCCCAGCCAGUACGACACUGGCGUUGCGCUGACUGGCCUGUCCUGUUUUGUUACCCCAGAUCUUGCCAGAGACUUGGCCAACGACAUCAUGACACUGAUGUCGCACACCAAGCCGUACAUCCGGAAGAAGGCUGUGCUGAUCAUGUACAAGGUGUUCCUGAAGUACCCUGAGUCUCUGCGCCCUGCCUUUCCCCGCCUGAAGGAGAAGCUGGAGGACCCUGAUCCCGGGGUCCAGUCGGCGGCAGUCAACGUCAUCUGUGAGCUGGCCAGACGUAACCCCAAGAACUACCUUUCCCUCGCUCCGCUCUUCUUCAAGCUCAUGACCUCCUCCACCAACAACUGGGUCCUCAUUAAGAUUAUCAAACUGUUUGGUGCUCUGACCCCCUUGGAGCCAAGGUUGGGUAAGAAGCUGAUUGAGCCUCUCACCAACCUGAUCCACAGCACGUCUGCCAUGUCCCUUCUGUACGAGUGUGUCAACACCGUCAUUGCAGUGCUCAUCUCGCUGUCGUCUGGCAUGCCCAACCAUAGUGCCAGCAUCCAGCUCUGUGUUCAGAAACUGAGGAUAUUAAUAGAAGACUCCGAUCAGAACUUGAAGUACCUGGGGCUCCUGGCCAUGUCCAAGAUCCUGAGGACACACCCCAAGUCCGUGCAGGCGCACAAGGACCUUGUCCUGCAGUGCCUGGACGACAAGGACGAGUCCAUCCGGCUGCGGGCCCUCGACCUCCUGUACGGCAUGGUGUCCAAGAAGAACCUGAUGGAGAUCGUCAAGAAGCUGAUGACCCACGUGGACAAGGCCGAGGGCACGACCUACCGCGACGAGCUGCUCACCAAGAUCAUUGACAUCUGCAGCCAGUCCAACUACCAGCACAUCACCAACUUCGAGUGGUACAUCAGCAUCCUGGUGGAGCUGACCCGACUGGAGGGCACCCGCCACGGCCACCUCAUCGCCGCCCAGAUGCUGGAUGUGGCCAUCCGCGUGAAGGCCAUCCGCCGGUUUGCCGUGUCGCAGAUGUCCGCGCUGCUUGACAGUGCCCACCUGGUGGCCAGCAGCACCCAGCGCAGCAGCAUCUGCGAGGUGCUCUACGCAGCCGCCUGGAUCUGCGGGGAGUUCUCCGAGCACCUACAGGAGCCCCAGCAGACCCUGGAGGCCAUGCUGCGGCCCAAAGUCACCACCCUGCCGGGUCACAUCCAAGCCGUGUAUGUGCAAAACGUAGUCAAGCUGUACGCAGCCAUCCUGCAGCAGAAAGAGCAGGCCGCGGACGCACAGGCGGCCCAGGAGGUCACGCAGCUCCUAGUGGAGCGGCUGCCCCAGUUUGUGCAGAGCGCGGACCUGGAAGCCCAGGAGCGGGCAUCCUGCAUCUUGCAGCUGGUCAAACACGUCCAGAAGCUUCAGGCCAGGGAUGUGCCGGUGGCAGAAGAAGUGAGUGCCCUCUUUGCUGGGGAGCUGAACCCCGUGGCUCCCAAGGCACAGAAGAAGGUUCCGGUCCCCGAAGGCCUGGACCUGGACGCCUGGAUCAAUGAGCCGCUCUCGGACAGUGAGUCUGAGGAUGAGAAGCCCAAGGCCAUCUUCCACGACGAGGAGCCACGGCAUGCCAAGCAGCGGCCGCCCGAGGCGGACGAGCAGGAACUGGCCCGGCGCCGCGAGGCCCGGAAGCAGGAGCAGGCCAACAACCCAUUCUACAUCAAGAGUUCCCCGUCCCCCCAAAAGCGGUACCAGGACGCGCCAGGUGUGGACCACAUUCCCGUGGUGCAGAUUGACCUCUCGGUGCCCUUGAAGGUGCCAGGGAUGCCCGUGUCAGGCCAGUACGUGAAGCCGGAGGCAGCGCGGCGGCACCGGCAGAGGCUGGAGGACAAGAGAAGGAGCAAGAAGAGGGCGCGGGAGAGGCGGGGGGCCCGGCGCCACACGGCGCUGCACACGGACAGCGACGGCGACGCCACCCCCGCGCAGCGUGUGGACAUCGUCACCGAGGAGAUGCCCGAGAACGCCCUGCCCAGCGACGAGGACGACAAAGACCCCAACGACCCCUACAGGGCCCUGGACAUCGACUUGGACAAGCCCCUAGCCGACAGUGAGAAGCUGCCUGUCCAGAAGCACAGGGAUGCUGAGACUUCCAAGUCCCCGGAGAGACGCGGCGCCACUGUCGUGGAGAAGAAGCGCGAGAAGCCCCAGAGGAAGGAGAAGCGGCGGCAGGGGAAAGAGCGAGAUGAGCGGGGGCAGGCGGAGCAGGGUGUGGACUUAGACUUCUGGCUGUCCACCACGCCGCCUGCUGCCACCCCGGCCCCGGAGGAGCCCAGCGUGAACGCCGCGGUCACUGCCCCUAAGGAGGAGCCCAGGGGAGGGGAGCAGGACGCCGGCGAGGUCGCAGAGCAGGACCUUGAGAAGAAGCCUUCCGAGCAGAAGAAGAAGAAACACAAGAAGGACAAGGGGGAGCGCUCCAAAGACAAGAAGAGACCCAAGAAGGGGGCGCCUCCGAGGGAAGGGGACGCCGAGCCUGUGCAGAACGGCGCGCUCCGUGAGGAGCCCCUUCCGCCUAUGUCUAGGUACUCUCUCCUGGCUGAAAACUCUUACAUCAAAAUGACGUACGACGUGCAGGGCAGCCUGCAGAAGGACAGCCAGGUCACGGUGUCCAUGGUCCUGGAGAACCAGAGCAGCAGCUUCCUCAAGAACAUGGAGCUCAACGUGCUGGACUCACUCAACGCCCGACUGGCCCGGCCAGAGGGCUCCUCGGUCCACGACGGUGUCCCCGUGCCUUUCCAGCUGCCCCCUGGCAUCUCCAACGAAGCCCAGUUUGUGUUCACCAUUCAGAGCAUCGUCACGGCGCAGAAGCUCAAAGGGACCCUGUCUUUCAUCGCCAAGAAUGACGAAGGUUCCACCCAUGAGAAGCUGGACUUCAAGCUGCACUUCACCUGCACCUCGUACUUGGUCACCACGCCGUGCUACAGUGACGCGUUUGCCAAGUUGUUGGAGUCCGGGGACCUGAGCAUGAGCUCAGUCAAGGUUGAUGGCAUUAGCAUGUCCUUCCAGAACCUUCUGGCAAAGAUCUGUUUUCACCACCGUUUUUCCGUUGUGGAGCGGGUGGACUCCUGCGCCUCCGUGUACAGCCGCUCCAUCCAGGGCCACCACGUGUGCCUCCUGGUGAAGAAGGGUGAGAAGUCGGUGUCGGUGGAUGGGAAGUGCAGCGAUGCAACGCUGCUGAGCAACGUGCUGGAGGAGAUGAAGGAAACGCUGGCCAGAUGCUGA